AUGGUAGAUCAUCUAAGUAAGUGAUUUUAAUUAUUUUAAUUCGGUUUUUAGGCAGAAGCAGAUUCAUUUAAAUUUUCGAGGCAAUUUGGUAUGAAUGUAAUCUUGUUUUAUAACCAAUUAACAUUAAGUUAAUCUAAUUCAGUUUCAUAAAAAAACUGAAAAUUAAUCGUUAUUUAAUUAUGAUUUUGAAAAAGACUGUCAAUAAUGUUCAUUAAAUUUUCUUUACAGAACAAACCGACAUUAAUGCCCGCAGGAUAAACAAUGUUGAAGUAUGUUUCGGAUCGACCGGUCGACCUUUACAGCAUUUUGACAGAGUGUUGAUUGGAGAAGGAGUGUUGAUGAAAAUGUGCAGAAAGAAAGCGAAACCAAGACAGUUCUUUUUGUUCAACGACAUUUUGGUGUAUGGGAGUAUCUUAAUAUCUAAAAGAAGAUACUCUAAACAGAGGAUCAUUCCAUUAGAAGAUGUGAAGAUAGAGAACGUUGAAGACGAAGGGGAAAGCAAAUACGGGUUCUUGAUUAAGACCAGGAUCAAGAGUUUCAUGGUUUUUGCUAUUUCCGAAAGUGAGAAGGAACAGUGGAUGUCCCACAUCGUUAAAUGUGUUAACAACGUUCUUAAAAGUAAGUUUUGUUUGAUAGCAACGUCAAUUCAAAGUUUUUUAUUGCUUCUCAUUAUAAAAAUGACAUUGUAGAAGGCAAGCAAGCGGCACAAGACCACGCAGCUGUGUGGGUACCAGAUUCUGAAGCAGAGUUCUGUAUGGUUUGUCAUAGUACCCACUUUACAAUGAUACAACGAAGAGUACGUUAAUUUAAUUUAUAAAAUAAAUUCAAAUUAUAUAAGGUUAAACAUGAAUUUUGUUCUAUUGAGCCCUUUAUGUUAUCUAUUUUUGUAGCAUCAUUGCCGAUCUUGUGGAAAAGUUGUGUGUGGAGCUUGUUCAUCACGAACGUUCACGUUGGAAGGGAUCAGUAAGAAACCAGUGCGAGUUUGUGACAUUGUAAGUCCUUUAAUUUACUAGUUCAAGUCGUAUGUCUUUACAGCUUCUUGGAAUUUAUGUUUUGACGUAAAUUGAAAGAAAUGAUGAUGUAAUAGGUACUAAAAUAGGUUGUGAUUACAAAUUUAUAAAUUAAGGCACGAGUUUAAAUUGAGUUUUAUUUUCAGUGUUACAACAAGUUGUGUCAAGGCUUUUCGGCGUCGCCUCAGGCAUUGAACGAUUCGUCAGAUUCAGAAGAAGACACGAUGACAUUAGGCCACGAAAAGGUAAGCGAAGUUUUCUUUUUUAUAAUUUUUUAGCUUAUGUAAAUCAAAAGGAUCAAAGAGAUAAUCAAAAAUUUGACAAAAAAUUUUAUUUCAAAUUGAAAUUAAAAAAAAAUUAAAUUUUAAAUUAAAAAUUUAUGAUUUGCCUAUGUUGUUUGUUGUAGGCCACUUUCUACCAUGACAAAGAUGAACCGGAAAACCUGGUUUAA